AUGGCGACCGAACUUCAAGAAGAAACACUUGUACAGCUUGACGAGUUUGACAUUGAAACUGGUUUACCUGCCUUUAUGUUCUUGGUGCUAGACAAAUUGGAGGAAUGUUUUGACAAUCCUACAACGGAUACAAGUCAUAUACAAGCUCAGUAUGUAGUUGUGGAUAAAACUGUUAACCUGCUGAAAUCUAUUGCCGAGUCAAAUGAGGAAGAUCGGCUUGAAUGGGAAGCCUUGGCCCAGGUAUUUUCUGCACUAUUAUUCGUAGUACAAGAGCAUCUUAUAACGCAAACUUUGAGACCAUCUUCGAUUUCUGUGCGACAGUGUGACACUGUUAGAACUGGAGCUCCAGGUAGACCACCAUUUUAUAUUCCUGCAGAAACCUUGGAAGAUCUUCGUGGAAUUGGGUUUUCAUGGAAAAAGAUUGCUCAGUUCUUUGGGGUUUCUCGAUGGACU